AUGAUUGGAGAAUAUGGUAAUAUUAAUGAAGAAUUUCUUCAAUCGAAUGUAAGCAAUAAAACGGAAUCAAAAGAUGAAACAACAACAAAGAAAGGAAAAAUUUCGAAUUCAUAUAUUUCAGUGACAGAAAGUAAUGAUAAAAAAGAUACUACUAGCACAACAAUGAAUGCAUCUGAAAAACAAUACAUUGAAUCUUAUUAUAAUGCUGAUGAAUUAAGCCAAUGGAAAAUUUAUUAA